GAGGCUCGGCGCCUCCCGGGCGGCCUGCGCCGCUCACGUGCCGGCCGCGGAGCAGCCAUUGGCUGCCGGGCGCGGGCCGCUCCGUGCCGCCCCUCGCCAUUGGCCGCGGCGCGGGUCCCGCCGUAAGCGCGGUGGCCAUUGGCGGCGGCGGCAUGGCGGGCACGGGCGGCUCCUGGCGGCCGCCGCGCUCGUGCGAGGACUACUGGGGGGAGUGGAAGCAUUGCCGCGGGCUGCGCCACGCCUUCCACCACUACUACGCGCACGGGGAGCUGCCGGACUGCGGCCGCUGGCGGGAGGACUACGAGGCCUGCCGCGCCUGGGAGAGGGACCGCAGCGCCGCCGCGCAGGAAGCUUUGUGCAAGAGUGAAAGAGCUCGAGUUAUGGAAAAACAGAAAUAUGCUCCAGUGUGGAACCUCAGGAAGAGCCCACCACCUGACUGCAGGCACCUUCCAAAUUAAUGCAUGCAUGCUCUAGCUCUGAGGGCCUCUUGCCCUAGCAGCUGGCAUUGAGCACUUCUGGACAAGGUACCCACCCCAGACCUGCCAAAUGGGGAAAAAGAACCAGGCUGGGACUCUUCCUUUCUGGCUCAGGACAAUCCCAAACACUGGCAUUUAAGACAUUUCCCAGAACCAGGGUUGUGGUGCUUGAAGAGCUUCUCACCUGUGGGCUGCACACCCUGGAACUGCCCCUUAGUGGAACUGCUCUCGACUGGUGGUGUGUGUUGUGGCAGUAUUCAACACAACUGAAAAAUAAAGGUUUAAAC